GCCUUUGUGCGCAAAACUUUGACAGCAUCCUUUAAUUCUGUGUGAACGUCUCGUCUCAUCAGUUUACAUUAAACGGACUAAGAGAGAAGAACAGCGACAGGAACUGGUAUAUGAUUUCAGAAAAGACAUUUCCCGCGGCAAUGGCACGGGCAUCAUCACCCGUCACCGUGGUUAUUCUAUUUUUCACAUUGUCGGUGGCUGUGGCUGAAUGGAUUAUUCCCCCAAAGGUGCUGAUUGAGGGCAAGGACUACACUAAAGAAGACUACAUCUCCAAGAUCCGCUCAGAUUUAGGUUUAGUUAACAGGCCAGUCAUCUAUAGCCUGAAGGGCAUUGGGGCUGACCAGGACCCCGUCAACGUAUUUGUGGUGGAUAAGACCUCUGGAAAGGUCAGGGUCACCCGCAUACUGGACCGAGAGGACAUCCACGAGUACAAUCUCACUGGAAUAGCUUACUUUACGGAUGGCGAAAUCGCAGAAAGCAACCUAAAGCUCAAGAUUAAGGUGCAGGAUAUCAAUGACAAUGGCCCUGUGUUUUCCACCAUGCCGCCCGCAUCUGUGGAGGAGCUCAGUCCCAGAGGUAUGUCCAUCAUGCAGAUUAGGGCCAUAGACUCAGACGAGCAGGGGAACCUCAACUCUAAGAUCAGGUACACCCUGACCAAGCAGGAGCCUCCAGGGAAAAUGAUGUUCUCGAUCACUUCGGAUGGAGAGCUGCGUGUCAAAGAGCCUGAUCUGGACAGAGAGACGACCUCUUCCUACACUCUGACUAUAGAGGGCGCUGAUCUCUACGGAGCCCCAGGAGGUAACACUGGCACGGGGACGGUCAUAGUGAAUCUCAUCGACGCUAAUGACAACGUGCCAACCCUGGUACAAGAAGCGUAUGAGGGCAAUAUUGAAGAGAACACCAAGAAUGUGGAGGUGAUGCGGAUUAAGGCUGAGGACCUGGACGUUGACGCUGUGAACCGGGAGGUGGAGUAUGUCAUUGUCACAGGCAAUGAGAAGGGCCUCUUCAGCUUGGUACAGGACCCCAACACCAAGGAGGGCAUCCUGAUGCUAAAUAAAGAAGUCGACUAUGAGGAUGUGAAAGACCUGAAACUAGGAGUCGGGGUGAGGAACAAAGCACCAUACCACAAGAGUGUGGAUGGAGGAAGUUCAGCAACCAUAGACCUCGGAGGAGGGGGAGGUGGAGGUGGGACUGGAGGUGGAACAGGAGGAGGUGGAACAGGAGGAGGUGGAACAGGAGGAGGUGGAGGUGGGCCCGGAGGUGGAACAGGAGGAGGUGGAGGUGGGCCUGGAACCGGUACUGGUGGUGAAACCACGUGGACUCCAGUGACCUGGACUGGCAAAACAUACCCUCUGAAGAUCAAUGUGCUGAACCAACCCGAGGGGCCGAAGUUUGACCCCAAGAUUAAGGCCAUUCCCAUCUCAGAGGAUGGGACAGUCAACAUCCAGGAUGUAAUUGCCACAUACCCUGCUGUGGAUGAAGACACGGGACUGCCAGCGGAGAAUGUCAGGUAUUUAAAAGGAAAUGACCCCGAUAACUGGUUCACCAUCGACCCUGACACAGCGGAGAUCAAACUCAACAAGCUGCCAGACAGAGAGUCGCCGUACCUGAAGAACGGCACCUACCUGGCAGAAGUCCUCUGUCUGACCCAAGACAUGCCCUCCAAGACGGCCACAGGCACCAUUGCCAUCCAAGUGGAGGACUUCAAUGACCAUUGCCCUGAAUUGAUCUCCCAUCUGACCACCAUGUGCACAGCGGAGGAAGUGGUCUACGUCACAGCAGUGGACCCUGACGUCAAGCCCAAUGGCGCCCCCUUCAGGUUCAUCCUCGUCCCUGAGGGCACGGAGGGCAAGUGGAGUGUGGAGCACUUCAACGACACCACGGCCCUCUUGCGUACCCAUGAGCCUCUGUGGCCAGGACGGAACAAGGUGACUUUCGCAAUCGAGGACCAGCAGGGCCUGGCCUGCCCAGACCUGCAGGAGCUGGAGGUGUCGGUGUGCACGUGUGAUGACACGGGCACCUGCAGUCGACGCGGGUUGGGGCCUGACGGGAAGCCUGGGAGUAGCCUCGGCCCUGCGGCCAUUGGCCUGGGCUUCCUGGGCGCACUCCUCCUCCUGCUAAUUCCACUGCUGUUGCUGUUUUGCCAGUGUGGUGCAGCAGGAAUGGGUGGAGCAGGUUUCGCAGAAAUCCCCUUUGGUGCAAAGGAGCACCUGAUCUCUUACCACACGGAAGGUCAGGGGGAGGACAAGGAGGUUCCCCUCAUGGCAGCCGCAGCAGUGGACGCGGGCGGCAUGAUGCUGGCGGCCAGCAAGGGGGGCGUAGCCAUGGCCGGUCCUGCUCUUGGCGGAGCCUCCGCUGCCCUCUUGAACUCCAGGUCCACCAUGGGUGGCGGCUUCUACGAGUCCAACAUGGAGAUGAGCUACAUGGACCAGACGAUGAGGAGCGCGGCCGGGGGAGGCCGGGCCAGCGGCUUCAUGUCCGAGUACCGAGAGGGAGGUGGCGCCUACGACCAGCUGGCACUUCCUGAUGCCUUCUUGGCAGACUACUACGCCCAGAAAUCAGACUGUGUGGCACUGGGUGGCGCUCAGAAGGACAAUCUGCUGGUGUACGACUACGAGGGGCAGGGAUCUCCUGCUGGCUCUGUGGGCUGCUGCAGCCUCCUCGAGUCCGACCUUGACCUCGGCUUCCUUGACGACCUGGGGCCAAAGUUCAACACCCUGGCAUCUGUCUGCGGAGGCUCCAAGGCCGACACCGUGGCCACCAUCUCCGCUCCUCCACCCCAGUCUGCAGCCGUCUCCUCAGCGGUUGACUUUGGCUCCGUCAACAUGGGGGUUACGAACGACAUGGCGUCAUCCACCCGGGUGGAGAGGACCGUCACCAGUGUUGAGCAGCAGCUUCCCGCCCCACUUCCCAGCAUGCACCUGCACGAGACUGUUGCCAUGCCGACCCAGACUGUGCUGGUGCAGCAGCAGCCCCUGUACUACGUGGUGGAGCCGCAGCAGGUCCAGAGCACAGUGCUGCUGGCUGAGAGGCCCCAAGUGGGUCUGGGUCAGGGAAUGAUCCUGGUCAACGGGAGCCAGGCGGCCACAGAGGGGGUGCUGCUGCAGGGGGGAGGCCUGGUGCAGGGGGCCCAGGGGCUGGUGAUGGCCCAGGGUGGUCAGGGUUUGGUGUUGCAGCAGGGUGGGCAUGUUCAGGGUGGUCAGGGUUUGGUGUUGCAGCAGGGAGGCCAUGUUCAGGGUGGUCAGGGUUUGGUGUUGCAGCAGGGUGGGCACGUUCAGGGUGGUCAGGGUUUCGUGCUUCAGCAGGGAGGCCAUGUUCAGAGCGGUCAGGGGGUGAUCCUCCAGGGCUCAGGCCACGUGCAGACUGACCUGGGACGAGGGGAGAACCUGGUGCUGCUGGAGCGAAGCGGAGGUACAGGGGGCACUGCACUGACCUCUGGCCUCCUGCAAACAUCCAGUCUCUCCGGCUCCCAAAUGGUGCUGCUGGAUGGGGGGCAACAAGGGGGGCAAAUCUUACAGGGAGGGCAGAUAUUACAGGGAGGGCAGAUAUUACAUGGAUCAACUCUCUCGAGAGGGAGCAUGGGGGGCUCUCAGGUGAUGUUCGUUGAACAAUCAGGUCAAGGGUCAGGAGUCAGCAAGGGCGUGCGCAAUGUCGUGACCACCAGCACAACGUCAGUGAACGAGACCGGAGGGUUGCACGGAGCAUCUUCACUGCUGCCUUCGCGCAAAGUUGUCGUCCAGGAGAGGAAAUUGGUCACUGAUCAGAGUAGCACAAAACAGCAGCUAUAAGCUGCAAGAGAUUUUUCAUAAAAAUCUCUGGCAAGAUUUGAAUUUUUUUAAAUUCAACAAGCCAAAUUUUGAUGCAAUAAAUCAGUGUGUAACAUACAUCUUUAUACAAAGUAGUUUUAUAAAUGUAAAACGCACCUUCAUGGCAAAAUAAAUUUAAAUGCCAAUGGCAAUGAAAUGAACAAAUCAUUGCAUUGCAUAGCCACAUCCCUAAUUAUUAUAGAAAAUAGGGUUCAUAAAUAGGACAAUAAUAUCUGAGACCUUACUGUUUUGGUCUGUUUAGACCCAGAGGGCUGCAGAAGCUUCGUGACUCAUCCAUCUACACACAAUAAAACAAACUUACCUUUUUUCUACAGGCCUGAAAUGGGCCAAAAAUGUCUUUAAACUCGCUCUCACCUUGUUUGGGUGUACAAUGGGAGUCAACAGGAAUGUGUUUACUUUGCACAGGUCAAUAUUUUUGUGUAUGUUCAAUUAAGGGCUUUUGUUGGUUUAUGUUCUGCCAUACUGUACUGUAUGUAUGUGGGUUUUCGAAGUUUACUUUGGUUCCGACUUAGUUCCACUGUCACCAUAAUAAUUUUUUCUUUCAUUUUUUUUUGUUAUGCACUAUUAAGUAUUUUGAUGUACAAUGUAUUUUUGUCUUUAAAGGUAUUGUUUUCAUCUGACGACAGUUUUCUUGGUCCUGGAAAUUAAAAUGACUUAUGUAGUCACAUCAAAUGUCAACCAGUGGAUUGGAAUAAAAUGUUGUUUUUGUUUGGUG